AUGACUUGCCAAGCGAGGACCUCAUACACGGAAGAUGAGGUGUUGUGGGGCCAUCGGUUCUUCCCUGUCAUCUCUCUGGAGGAGGGAUUCUUCAAGGUGGACUACUCUCAAUUCCAUGCCACGUUUGAGAUCCCUACACCACCCUACAGUGUAAAAGAGCAGGACGAGGCCCUGCUCAUGUCCUCGCCGCUCACAGCUCCGUCGUUGUGUAACAGUGGUGAGAAGAACAACUCUCUGGACUGCCUGGAGCUUUUGGAGGAUGCGGAGACAACCACCAAGCUACCAGCUAAGCUGCAGAAGAUGACGGGACGUGAAGGGCUGCCAAGAAAGCUGCUCCGAAUGAGUUCCACUACGUCAGAGAUGACCUACAGCCUGGGAGACCUGUCCACAAAACUGCAGCGCAUCAGCUCCGUGCCAGGUGUCUCUGAAGAAAAGAAUGUAUCCAAGAGUUCCAAAAUGAAUGCUGAGCCUAUCAGCAAAUCAGUGGCAGAUUUGCCGCCCAAGCUACAGCGAUUGGCAGGGGGAGGGGGUGGAGGACGCAUGGACGGACAUUUGCCACCCAAAUUACGAAAGAUGAACUCAGAUCGCUUCACAUAGAUGACAUAAGCAACCACACACACACACGUACUAUACUUCUCCCUUAGGCUUGCUAGUACAGACAGAAUCUGCGUACCUAUAAAUGAGGACAACUUUAAUAAAGCACAUUUGUGGAGAUUUGUGGGUAGAUAUGCAGCGAGCAAUUUCUUUCAGGUUGUGAUUGUUAAGCACAAUCUGGCAUGUAUGAAACACUAAGUGCAUGUUAAUGCAGUUUUUUGCUGUCAGGCAUGUUUUAUUUGGGCACGUUUAUGAAUAUGAAGAGUGAAUAAAAUUUGUCAAGAUAAGCUGGUCAUCUGAACAUCAAGCCAUAUGAUUGGACAAUUCCUCAUACAUGCCUGAUGUUUAUUAAUUUUAUUUGUUCUUUUGUUGUGUAGUGUAAACGUGUUUCUUAGAUUAUGUUAAAAUGCAUGUUUACUUGGAGAGGUAAACUAAUGUUAACCUUGAAUAUAUUACCUUCUUUCACUUUUCUCAGCAGUCCACACUUGUUUUGAAGAUUUUAAGAGACAGGGUAAGCGCCAUUCUUCUACAAAAUGGGUUCAAGGGCCGUUCAACAAAACAAUUUUAUAAAAGGAAAGUUACGUAAGCUAAGUGGAUCUUAAUGGUUUUUAGAACUAUCAGUCCUGCAUUAAAGGAAAAAAAAAACAGAAAUCUGCUAGAUCAUUAUAAAUCCUUGAGCUCGUUUAGAGUCUGGAUGAAAAUCAUUGCACUAAUAUGAAUGCAUUAUCCCCUCUGUCUAAAUUAAGCAAUAACUAAAUGCUGUACAAACACUGACCUCUGUGUAGCUACUUUGACUAAUAUGUCUGUUGCAUUGACCUCUGAGACACAUGAACAUGGAAAAUUUGAACUCCUGUACAUUCCAGUACAUGCCUUUUGUGGUAGACUGUUUAACAAGAAUUAUAAAUCUUUACUAGCUUUAAAUUCAUUUUGAUAGUUUACACAUAGUAUAGUCUAUUAUACUGAGACUGUUGUAUAAUUAUAUAUAACUCAAUAAAUACCAUGAAAAAGGAAGAUAUAGUUCAAUGUUUAACCUUUGAAAUAAGCAUCAACUCACAUUUACUACCUAAUCGCAAAGUUAAUUCUCUCCCUCGCUGCUUGAUUGAAUGGCAAGGUAGAUUCAUGCAUGCAAGUGCCUAAUCCGCUGAAGUGGUGUCUAAAUCUUGUUAAUGCACCCUGACUGAGCAGCGCUCUCUCCCCUGAGCCUCUGUCGUUAUCACCAUGGAGAUCUCGGCACCUACUGCCAUUUACUGUCCCACUAUCAGCCUCACGGUGUGGACAUGAUAGCGGAGAUGGCCUUGUGUUAUAGAAUAGAAGCUUUUACUCUGCAUCCAACAGAACAGUGGCAACAUCACCAUGCACAACCUGCAGACCUGUAGGAAGGUUGCUAUAGAUGGUGGAAAAUCCCACUGCACCACUAACUAGGCUGCACCCUUAAAAAGCACCAAGGUCUUGAUUUGUAAUUUCAUAUGAUUUCUGUCUCACUCUUUUUUGUUUGGUAAGUCACAAUAAUAAAUAAUAAUAGAGAUAAUACAUAAUGAUUUUCAUGCCUUUUUGCCUGUUAACCAGACAGAUCUAUUAAAAAUGCAACCAAGACAAUAGAACUGCUGUAUCCGAAUGCCAUUACUGCAGUUUGGGUCUUUCAUCUGACUUUAAAAUGAUCUAAUUAUCAAGAACAUAAGUGUGGAAAAUGCCUGUUAUUUAUUGAGGAAGUCAUUGUUACCGUUUCCUACAUUACCUCAAUUAUUAGAAUAUACAUCUUAAGUCUUAAGUCUUAAUUUCUUUAUGUCAAGUCUUAAAUAUACUGUAUAAUACCCAAUAAACCUUUCUACAUAUUUUGUUAGUAAAGUAAGGUUUCAUGUGUUCUUUACAUCCUAAAUAUACAGAGGUAAGCAUAAACCCUUAGGACUUGCAAGCAUAUGACGUAGUUGACCUUAGGAUCUUUCCUGUUGUAUACUGUAAAAUAGGUUAAUGACAGCACACAAGUCACAAUUAAUGCUGAAAUAUUAUACACUUAAGGUUAUCUGCUAUCAGAAAAACAAAAAGACAUUCUUAACUGUAAUGAUAUCAUAAAUAAAACAGUUUAUCCUCUGUGUGUGUGACAAUUGGAAUUUUCUUCCCUGAUAGUAUGCAGAUGUUACUAUUAAAACAUUUAGGCCUGCUUGUGAGCAUACAUGUUAAGAUGAAUUAAUAUACAUGUUUUAGGUUUGUUCCUUUGUUUGUUUGUUUGUUUUAAAAAGGACCCCCCCAAGGGUGUUCUUUGGACAAUUAAGGUUUUAAGCUUUUUAAAAGGGUUCUACAUAAAACCAUUAAAGUGUUCCCCAGUAGAGGAACUGAAGAGUAUGAUUGUCAAAAUACAGCUAAACUUAAGGAAACCAAAAAAUACCUUAUGAACUUGUCAUUUUAUGAUUUCAAC